AAGCUGGAGGGAGGACGCAGAAAGGAGAGGACGGGACAGAUAGACGGAGGCGCGGUAACAGAGCGCUUGGAAAAAUAAGGAUCUGACUGAUUCACUUCACCAAGGCAUGAGAUUUGCGUAAGGCAGCAGCUUCAGCAGGAUUCCGCUUAAGUGCAUCACUUUUCUUGUGAAAGAAGUUUAAUAAAGCAGUGGAUUUUGAUACAUCGGUUACUAUGGGCUGCAAACGGCACCGUUCAAAGACUUCGGCGUCUACAAGCUGCUCUCCAAUGGGACUUUCGUUGUUGAUUCUUCUACCUUUGUCUGUUGCCUUCAACUUGGAUGUGGAGAAUCCAGCGGUGUAUAACGGACCCAGCGGUAGCUACUUCGGGUACUCGGUGGACUUUUAUAUGACUGACUCAAGUGUGAGCAUUAUAGUUGGAGCACCCAAAGCCAACACCAGUCAGCCCAAGAUCACAGAAGGAGGAUCGGUCUUCUACUGUCCGUGGAGUCUCAGCCAAUCACAAUGCAGCAGCAUAGAGUUCGAUAGACUGGGAGAUCUUAACAUGUCCGUGAAUGACACAGACCAUCAAGGAGAGUUCAAAUCCCAUCAGUGGUUUGGAGCAACAGUACGAGUGCAUCAAGACAGUGUGCUGGCUUGUGCUCCUCUUUACUCGUGGAGAACCAAGGAGGACACUCCUCAUGCUGAUACGACUGGCUCUUGUUUUAUGUCUGUCAAAAACUUCACCAAGUUUGUGGAAUAUGCUCCGUGCCGCACAGAAUUUCGUGGAAGGAAAGGGCAAGGCUACUGUCAAGGUGGAUUCAGUGCUGAUUUUACUCAGGAAGGAAAGGUGGUGCUGGGAGGACCUGGCAGUUACUUCUGGCAAGGCCAAGUAAUCACUGCGUUCAAACAAGAAAUUGUCAAAGCCUAUUACCCAGGAUACUUCUUGACCUCAGUGGGUGGCCAGAUCCAGACCAAACAGAGAAAAGAGAUCAGAUUUGAUGACACCUACAUGGGUUAUUCAGUGGCUGUGGGCGAGUUUACCGGUGAUGAUGAUGAAGACUUUGUGACUGGAGUUCCCAGGGGAGUCAGACUGCAUGGACAGGUUUCCAUUCUCAAUAGCUCUCUGGAUGUGCUGAAGAUGUUCACUGGUGAACAGAUGGGGUCUUACUACGGCUAUUCUGUGGCUGCCACUGACAUUAACAAUGACGGAAUGAUGGACCUGCUGGUUGGCGCUCCCAUGUUCAUGGUUCGUGACUCUGAUGGGAGGUUGGAGGAGUUGGGUCGAGUUUAUGUGUAUAUGCAAAAAGGUCCUCUGGAUCUCAUUCCUCAGCUACCUCACCUCACCGGCACACAAAUGUUUGCCCGAUUUGGGAGCUCCAUUACACCACUUGGAGACCUCAACCAAGAUGGAUACAAUGAUGUGGCCAUCAGCAGUCCAUUUGGUGGUGAAGACAAGCAAGGGCUGGUGCUCAUAUAUAAUGGGAAUGCUGGAGGACUCAGGGAAAAGCCCUCUCAGGUGAUCUCUGGACAAUGGGCUUCUGCCGGACUGUCAGCGAUACCUGCUAGUUUUGGUUAUGCACUUCGCGGAGGCAAAGACCUAGAUAACAAUGGCUACCCAGAUCUCAUUGUUGGGGCAUUUGGUGCAGACAAAGCUGUUCUUUACAGGUCCCGUCCUAUUGUGAACACCAGUGCCAUCUUAAAUGUCUACCCUAUUAUGAUCAAUCCUGAGGAGAAAGUCUGCGCCAUAAGCCGUGGGAAUGAGACGCUGCAUGUGUCCUGUGUCAACUUAAGCUUCUGCCUUUCAGCCAAUGGCAAGCACCUGCCAAAUCAUCUCGAGUUUAAUGUGGAAGUUCAGCUGGACCGUCUGAAGCAACAGCAGAAAGGGGCCGUACGGAGAGCUCUGUUUUUAGAAACACAGCUCCCUGCUUUGCAUCGGACGCUGACUGUGCCGAAUGGAGCCAGAGUCUGCAGCGAUACCAAGAUCUACCUGCGGGAUGAGAAGGACUUCAGGGAUAAACUGUCUCCCAUCUUCGUUGCUCUGAACUUCAGCCUGAAUCCUCAAGCAGCAGCAGACAGGCACGGACUGCAGCCCAUCCUCAACUACCAGACGGCAGAGCUCAUUGAACAGAAAGCCCAGAUUUUAUUGGACUGCGGAGAGGACAACAUCUGCGUCCCUGACCUGAAACUCUCUGUGCACGGGGACAGGAAGGAAGUGUACAUGGGUGACGACAACUCUCUAACCCUGACUUUCAAUGCGAAAAACGACGGAGGCGGCGCUUACGAGGCAGAGCUGUAUGUGGUCCUACCACCAGAGGCCGACUACAGCGGAAUAGCCCGAAAUAAUGAGAGCCUGACCCAGCUGACCUGCAGUUACGAGACGGAAAAUCAGACCCGUUACCUCAGCUGUGACCUGGGGAACCCCAUGAAGUCGGGCACCAGCCUAUGGGCUGGUCUGCGGUUCACAGUACCACGUCUCAAGGACACACACAAUUUUGUACAGUUUGACCUUCAGAUUCGUAGCAAGAAUGAGAACAACUCUCAAAGUGAAGUGGUCCCUUAUAAGCUGGAGGUGGUGGUUCGCUCUGAUGUCAUUCUGCAGGGCGUCUCCCGACCAGACAAGGUCUUCUUUCCCCCUCCCAACUGGAAGCUGACCAAGAAUGUGAUGGUUGAACAGAAUGUGGGUCCCUCCGUCCAGCACACUUACGAGCUGGUGAACAAUGGGCCGAGUCGCAUCAGUCACACUUUACUGCAGCUCAAAUGCCCCAUGAGGCUUCACAGUAACCGGUUCAUUUACCCGCUGGAGGUCACCACGGAGGGCCCGGUUAACUGCACCACCCACAACAUCAUCAACCCACUCAACCUGAAGCUGCAGCAGUCUUCAACAGAGCAGCCUCCUGUACGAGAUUCAGGGCACGAACACCACAUUGAGAAGCGGGACACGCACAAGGGAGAGCUCUCGCAACUGACCAAUCUGUCUUGCUCCAGUGUGGACUGUUGGACUCUGAUGUGUAAUGUUGGCCUGUUGGAGCGAGGGACGAGUGCCAUACUUCAUGUUCGCUCACGAAUUUGGGCUGAAACGUUUAUGGAGAACACUUAUAAAAACUUUAUUCUGGAGUGCCAUGCUAGUUACAAAGUGGAAAAGAUGCCAUAUGCCAUUUUGCCUAAGGUGACUCCUAGUGGCUCUAAAAAGAUGGUGACUCCUGUGGUGUGGAAUAAGCCGGACAGUUCGUACGCUGUUCCUCUGUGGAUCAUCAUUCUGGCGAUUCUAGCUGGUCUUCUGCUGCUCGCGCUGCUCAUCUACGUCCUCUACAAGCUCGGCUUCUUCAAGCGAACUCCAUACGGCACUGCGAUGGAAAAAGCCCAACUCAAACCUCAGGCUGCAUCCGAGGCCUAAACGAAGAGAUGGUUCACGUCCUUAACCAAAGGCCGUCCAAAGAGAAGCUGACUUGCUGUUGAAAAGACAAAGACUAGACUGCAGUAGAGUAGACGGCGGAGGAAAGAUCACUGGAUCUUCACUGUACUGCACUAGAUAACGAGACCCUGAGGACUUAAAGCCAAAUGAAUGUUGACUUUGUUUAUUUUAACUCGUUUUUUCCCCUUGAUGUGGGUUUCCACUUUUAACCACCACUUACAGCCUGCCGCUCACAAACAGUUUUGGGUUGAUCUGAACCAAAGCUCAGGAUCACUGGCAACCUGCUAAAGCAGAAAAAAAACAAAAAAAAAAACGGAUUCAGCCCAAGUUGGACUCAAUCUGCACUAAUGUAAUUAUGUUCGAUUUUUUUUUUUUAACAAUUUCAUGUCUUUUUUUUUUUUAGCCCACAGCUGCUCAAGGUUAAACAAUCCGCAGUGUAGCAUUUUCUAUUUUUAGCAUGCUAUCUCACUAAAACACACCCUCAAAGAACAUCUAUGCAGUAUUUCACAUCCAACCAAAGUUAAUGAUACAGGUUUUGCUGAUUUAUUGUGUCUUGCAAGCGAGAAUGAGGUAGUCGGAUACCUCACCAGGGACCCUCAUCUCCAUUUUCCUGCUGUCUAUUUUGUUUAUGAAGACAUUUUAAAUGUUUGUUUGUCACGUGACUUCUAAUGGAUAGAGUUUUCACUCUGAACGAGAUGUUUUCAGCUCAGUCGCCUCAUAGCAAGCCAAGUUUCACUCUCAGGUGAUGCCGCGUAAAGGAUCAAGUGGCGCUCUUUCAGUGGAAAACAUUGUCAGGAUCCUUUGCGGAAGGCGACCGUUCUUCCCUACUGAAUGUUAGCCGUUUGCCUUAAAAGUCAUCUGGGACAAAACUGGAUCCGAGUCUGUGAAACCUCACCGAUGCCUUGAAGCAGAGCUGUGCUUUGCCAUUACGCUAACAGACCCUCGGGCCAAAAGAGCAAAAACAAUGUCAUCACUCCAAACUUCUGUGGGCAAACGGAGACCCACUGUAGACUUGGAUGGAGAUUUACACAAAAACUCUUCCAAGGCAGCAGGCCUCAUCCAGGGACUGAAUGUUGAAAUACACCUGUAUACUUCUUGUCUUUUGUAUGCGUGUUUGUGUUCUGCUUGUGUGUAUGGAUGUGAUUUUUUUUUUUUUCUUGGAGUGCCACAGUCAGUAGAAAUGCCUCCAUACAUCAUGGUGCUGAAGUGGUUGAGUGCGGGAAUGAAAUGAAAACUCCUGUUUCAGCGAGCUGCCUAGAAGGCGACAGCAGCUGGAACCGUGGGAUGCGUAGGAAAUCUGUAUGGAAGUGCAAUAUUCAACUUUUUCUAUGUGCAUAAUAAUACUUUAUUUUAGUGUCGCUCUCAGAAAUAAGGAUUAUUUGAAGACAACACCCAGUUUGAGGGUUGAAAUUAGCCCAGAUUUAAGGUAAUUAAUGUAAUGCUGUAGGCUAAAACAUACAGAAACACGGCUUCAUCUGUCAAAGAAGAAUUAUUUUUAAUGGUUAAGUGUGAUAAUGCCAUAAAAUAGACAUUUUAGACAUUUUUUUGUCUGCCAUAUUGUAAAUGCAGGUUUUACCAAACAAAUGGGGUAGUUUGAAUUGGUACACAACCAAAGAAGCUGACACACAGACUCGACUUGAAUCCUUAGUAAUGUUUUUAAUGUAUUUUGUACAUUUUUACAAACAAAUAUUUAUUCCUCCAAAGUUAGAUUUUAGUCUUGAGAUUUUUUUUGUUGUAUUUUAAACAGGAGGAAACACUGGGUAUGUCUUCUUUUUUUGUUUAUUUUCUUUUGCUUUUUUUUUUUACCAGCCCCAAAUCUUGGUUUGUGUUUUUUUUUUUUUGCAUUGAGUUGUAAAUAUGUUUGGUGAGGAGAUUAUUUUAAUUUUUCAGCUGAUACUGAUUUGACGUAUUUCAUCACCCCAUAUUGGGGAGAAUCAGAGGGAUGUUCAAGUAAUUAUUAUUUGUAUUUACAGUUUGCUUUUUAAAAUAAAUCUUUCAUUUUUUUGUACA